CGCUGAGUGAUGAGGCUUCGCCCUCCAAUUGAGCAAGGCGGAAGUGUGGAAGACACCGUGGGAUCGAGGCGAGAGUGGCGAUGAGUGGUCUCAGUCGACUCUUCGGGAAGGGGAAGAAGGAGAAGGAGCCAACCCCUGAAGAGGCAAUACAGAAACUAAAGGAGACAGAGAAGAUACUGAUCAAGAAACAGGAGUUUCUGGAACACAAGAUUCAACAGGAGCUUCAGAUGGCCAAGAAGCAUGGGACCAAGAAUAAGAGAGCUGCCCUGCAGGCUUUGCGGAGGAAGAAAAGAUUGGAACAGCAGCUGGCACAAACCGAUGGGACAUUAUCGACCCUGGAGUUUCAGCGUGAAGCCAUUGAGAAUGCCACCACCAACACAGAAGUGCUUCGUGCCAUGGAGUUUGCUGCCCAAGGCAUGAAGAAGGCCUACCAGGACAUGGACAUCGACAAGGUGGAUGAACUGAUGGCUGACAUCACAGAACAACAGGAGGUGGCCCAGCAGAUCUCAGAUGCGAUUUCUCGGGCCGUGGGCUUUGGAGAUGAUGUGGAUGAGGAUGAACUGUUGGAGGAGCUAGAGGAGCUGGAGCAGGAAGAAUUGUCCCGGGAGUUGCUACAUGUGGGCGACAAGGAGGAAGAACCCCCAGUCGAAUUGCCCAGCAUACCCUCUACACAUCUGCCUGCAGGGCCAGCUCCCAAAGCAGAUGAAGAUGAAGAAGCACUAAAGCAGUUGACAGAGUGGAUAUCCUGAUGAGUCUGGAUUUAUCUUCCUAACACCACCUUCAUUGGUCUCUUUUCCUUAAGUGCCAAGUGCUGAGCUAAAGGUGCGUAGCCUUUUUAGGAGGUCCUGCUGAGGAUGGUAGUGUGACCCUACCUGAGAAAGGUGUCUGUUGCCCUCCCAUUCCUGGCUCAACUCUGAAGAUGGAUCUUGGUGUAGGGGGAGCUGCUGGGCUACGUUCUCUUUGAUAAUGGUUACAGUGCCCUUGCUCCCAAUAAAACUGGGCAAACGGAA